UAUUUACCAAGGCUAAGGUUCCAUAAUGCAUCAAUUUCCCAAAUGGCAAAAAAGGGUCAACUCUUGGCUUCUUCACUAGAAAAUGAAAACUGCAAGCACCCCGUGAUUCCUACCAUAAAUUUCACCAAGGAAAACCUGAACCCUGGCACACAGAACUGGGUUUCAACCUGCAAUUCUGUGAGGAAAGCAAUGGAGGAAUUCGGCGUUUUCGUCGCUGUUUAUGAAGAUGGUGAUGGUAUACUUGGAUCGGAUCUGAUAAAUUCAGUAUUUACAUCGGUGGAAGAGUUCUUUAAUCUUCCCAAAGAAACAAAACAGCUGUAUACAGAUGUGAUGCCGGGUUCGGGUUAUUUUGGAGAAAAGCCUAAUAGCCUUAUUGAAGCCAUUGGUAUUGGAGAUUCAACAAGAUAUGAACCAGUUCAAAGCUUGACCAAACUCAUGUGGCCGGAUGGAAAUGAUGCUUUUUGUGAAACAAUACUUAACUAUACAAGAGAAGCAUCAAAGUUGGGAGAAAUAGUGACUAGAAUGAUAUUCGAGAGCUAUGGCGUCGAGAAAUAUUGUGAUUCUUAUAUAAAUUCAACCUCUUAUCUUCUUAGAGCCAAUUCGUACAAGACGGCCAAAGCGAAUGAAACAAAUAACGUUGGGAUUAUUCCCCAUACAGACACAAGUUUUGUGAGCAUUGUCAAGGAAAAUGGAGUUUCAGGGUUGGGGGUGAAAUAUUCAAAAGAUGGUACUUGGAUUCCAAUUACUUUCCCACCAUCUUCAUUUGCAAUUAUGGCUGGUGAUGCCUUGUUGGCAUGGAGCAACGGCAGAAUACAACCUUGCUUUCACAGAGUCAUUAUGGGAAAGAAAGCAAGAAGAUCGCUUGGGCUUUUUUGCUUUCACAAGGGAAUAGUUCAAGUCCUCGAAGAGCUAUCUGAUCAUACCAAUGAACCGUUACAAUUUAACUCAUUUGAUCAUUUUGGCCUAUUAAAGUUUCGUCUAAGAAAUCCAACUUUGUCAUCUGAGGAAAGAGUUAAAGCAUUUUGUGGUGUUAAGAACAUAUGACAUUGAAAUUGCAUCAAUGAUUAUGUUGCUACUCGACAAGCUAGUUCAAAACUGUUGCAUGUUUGUCAGUUCCUAUGGUUGUUCAUUCAGCUGAUUGUAACCUCGUACUUAAUUUUUCACUUGUAAUUUAGAGGGUUUUUUUUUUCAAAGCUAAAUUCCAAGCUAUUAUCAAACGUUGAAUUUAGG